AUGUCACCAGGAUCGGACAUCUAUGAUCAUUUAACAAACAAUGUGCAUCAACAACCAAGACAGAUUAUAAAAAGUAAUUCUGGUAAGUUAUAUGUAUCAAAUCCAAAAUCUAAUUGUGAAAGUUUACACAUGUUAACAAAACGAAAAUGUAUUCCAUUUGAUGAACAUGAACAAUCAAAACGUCGAUAUACAAUUACAAAUAAACCUAUCCCAGAAACAAUUAUACAUUGUUCAGUAAGUAAUCAAGUGUAUGAAAAACCAAUGAUAGAAAAAUCUUUAACAAGUCAAACUAUUCCUAUAAAUCAACAAACAAAUUCUAAAUUUAAUCGAAUACCGACAUCAUUAUCGAAUUCAGAAAUAAAACCAAUGGAUUUUCGACCAUUAAUUAUUAAUGGACGCCGAAAAUUAGGUGGAAUGCCAUCAUCAUCAAUGAUUAUUAUUAAAAAGAAAUCAUUAUCUCCUAUGAAUAGUAUCUCAUUCAAUCAGAAACCAUUAACUCGUUCGAUUCCAGUUGAUAUUAUAAAUAGCGAUAUGGCAAUGGUUAUUAGUUCUACGAUACCAUCAUCAUUAUCAUAUUCUUCUUCAUAUUCUUCUUCGUCUUCAGCGUCUGUAUCUUCAGCAAAUGUCGGGACCGUUUUCUUACCAAUCCAAGUAACAAAGAGUCAAAACAGCAAAAACAACAAUAACAAUGACAGUAUUAAGUAUAGUAUCAUUGCCACAACAAAAGAAGGUCAAAGGGGUUAUCGUUAUGUUCAAAAACAAUCUGAACAACAAAGACCAUUUGCAUGUUUAAAAACAGGAAAUCAAAUUCUAUUGAAUGUUGAUGUUGAUGAAUCAACAAAAAUUCCUUCUUCAUCCUCCAUUCCUGGAGAAGGUAAUAAUCAUAAAUCAACUAUUAUGAUGGAUUCAACUGUUCUUCGUUUAAUUCGUCGUUAUGAUCCAGUAGGUUCAAAUAUUGCUGGUAUUCAAGCACGUCGUUCACUUGAAAAUACACGAGGCAUAUGGAAUACAGUUGCUUCAAACACACCUGAUUCGUCUCCAUUCUUAGCACGUCGAUCAUUAACUACUACAUAUGAAGAUGACAUACCUGUACGACAAUCAUCUAUACCACGUAUUCAACGUCAACAAGCUAUAAAUGAACCUGAACCUGAACCAUCCACAUCUAUAAAUAAUUCAUUACGACCAAUACUUAAAUAUAAUGCAUUGAAAUCACAUACAGAACUUAUUGUUCAACCUCAUCAAACAGAACCAUUAAAAAUUGAAAUUGAACCACAUAUUCCAUCAAUAAAUGAAAGUACAUCUGCUAAUUAUCAACCAUUAAAAAUUGAAAUUGAACCACAUAUUCCAUCAAUAGAUGAAAAUACAUCUACUAAUUAUCAACCAUUAAUUACAAUUGGAACAAAACGCGUAUGUGCAGCAUUAAGUAAAUCUGAAUGGGAUUUACGUUUACAACAAGAACAAAUUCCUAAUCGUUCACCUUCACCGUCGCCAAUUGUUAAUAAUCAACAACAAGAAAAAGAAUCUCAUCGAACAACAACAACAACAACAACACUUGGUCGAAGUAAAAGUUCAAUAGGAAUUAAUAACACUAAUUAUGAACAAGAUGAUAAUAUUGAUGAUUUUGAUGAAAAUUCAGCACCAAUUAUUAAUAGUGGUUCAUGUGUACAAAAAUUAAAACAAUUAUUUGUUACAAAAUCAUCACUUGAUUUAACUAAUAAUUCAUCUUUAAAUAAUAGUCAUCGACAUGAUUCAAUUGAUUCAAAUCUUAGUCAACGUUUAACUUUUAAUAAUAAAACUAAUAUAGCAUCUUCAUCUGUUAAACCUUCUCCUCCAAGAUUAAGCUCAAUUGAACCUCAACAACAAAUAAUAAAUAAACCAACAACAAUUGUUCAAGAUGUCACACCGACAUCACCAUUUAUUAAUAAAAAACCAAUACUUAAAAGCCAAAAAACAAUUGAAAGGUACGCAAUUUAA